AAAUUUGGAAACCUCGAGAAUAAAUGUUUGAAUUCAACCGACUGCCAACCAUUUUUUUCCGAUUUGCUUCUCAGCACAUUCAUUCUCGUUGCCUUUUAUUAAUCCUACGUACUGUACACUGAUACAUCUACACUCGCCGAGUUCGAGAUCGUUCUCCUUUGGUAGGUACACUUGCACUCACAGAAAAGUUUCCUUCCCUGCGAAGAGCAUGCAUGCUCUGAAAAGAGCCCAGGCCAGACAGUUCAUAAACAAGAGUCCAAUAAAGUGAAGAGGAUGUACGUAGAAGGAAGGCGUGUUCUCCCUCAGUUCACACGAUGUUCUAACUUGCGCAGUCGUACGUACAUUGCACCGGACCAUGGUGGCAUGCUUGAUACGCCAGAGCAAAUCCAGGUACACGACCAUCAACAAUUGAAAAUGUAUCCACUGUCAUGCAUUCAAAUUCGAAUGUGAGUUUAUGAAUACGCACGGAAGGCCUUCGAUUAUCACACAUCCGCUGAGACAAUGUCAAACUCAUUGGCUGGUCUUUGUGGGAAACUUUGUCCUUCUGAAAAGGUCACUCCUCAGAAGGACGAAGAAAUGGCCAAACGCAACCAGUCAAACGUGAGCCAAGCCUUGAAACAGCCAGCCGCAAUUAUCAGUAAUGUCGUCAAGAAAGACAUUGAGGAGGAACAAAAGAACGAGAAGGACCUGGAGACAAUUAAACCAUCCCGAGGGCAUCGAGAAAGGGCCAAGAGUUAUGUGCAAGGAAAACUGCAACGACUUUACGUGAAACUCUUGGAUGAGCGAUAUUUGAAACACAAGUCAGUGGAGGAUGUUCUCAAGAAGAUCUUAAAGAACCUUCUGAGAGCCAUGGAGGCCAGCCUUCAGAAUUGGGUCAUUGGCUUGGGCAGGAUCUUUGGUAAGAUCAUCUGUCAUUUGAACCCUUUACCCGAUUUGACCUUGUUGUCCCUGAGUGCCAACGACAUCUCGAUUGACGUGCUUCACGUGAAGGAGGAAACUUUUUUGAACUAUGGCGAGACGGUCCGAAAUGUUCCCAGAUACAUGUUCUUUCCCAAUACGUUCCAAGAGCUCCAACAGGUGGUCCAUUUCGCCAAGGAUCAGGGGAAACGGGUACGAUGCUGCGGGAUGCGCCACUCUUGGACGCCCGUCUUUGCAGAUGAUGACGAGAUCCUGAUCAGUUUACUCCCUUUGGACGUCACGGAUACUUUAACUCAUGUUCGAAGCAAACACUCAAUGGCGAAAAUGUUGGACAACUGGAAAUCCGAAAUGAGAUUCAUUCAGUUCUUGCGGGAGCUUCCAACUGAGGAGGGCACCAAAAGGAAAGCAGCUGUGCGACUGGGUUCAGCACUGACCAAUUUAGAGCUCUUGAAAUGGUCAUUGGAGAACAAGUGGACCUUGCCGUGGGAUAUCAUUGCCGUUAUGAUUACAUAUGGUGGCUCCAAUGCCAUGAUUUGCCACGGUGCCGGGAUACAGUCUCGUUCAUUGUCGGACCUAGUUCUGGAAAUGGAAUUCGUUAACUUUCUGGGUGAAAUCCAAACUGUGAGUGAUCCGGAGCUCCUUCGAUCAGCGGCCGGAUGCUUUGGCCUCCUCGGGAUUGUGACGUCCUUAACUCUUAAAUUAGAUUACAUGACGUAUGCCGAAUGGAUGCCAAGAAAGACUCCAAUGUGGAAAUCUAUCCCUAAGCCUGGAACAGGUCUUGUGGAAGAAGAACUGCGCUUAAAGAAGCUAUGUGAGGAGUCCUACUAUGCCGAAUUCUUCUGGUUUCCGGCCAAUGGUAGCACAGAGGGAUACUGGGAGAACUGUUGGAGAAACGAUGGCCGCGAGGAGGACUCCCAACCACUCAACGAUCAAUUGUCUUCGGAUUAUCAAGUUGCUUCCACUUUUCUUUUCGACCUCUGCACUGACGUGCUAGUGCCGGCCAUGGAAAUCCUUCACGAUCUUGACGCGAAUAAGGAAAUCGUGAAAUUGGUUCGGAAAGUAUAUUCAAGCACGGUCAGCAAGGCGGGUGUGGGUGCCUUGCCCGAAUCUGAGAUCCCUCUCAUAACCCCUUUAGUGGAAGCUCUUCAUUUCCGCCAAGGUUUUCAUUACAUUUCAGUGCGAGAAAUGGAGCUUUCAAUCCCGAUUCCAAGUACAAAAGAUGGCGAACCUGAUUGGAGUAUCGUACAACGAGCUUGGUGGGAUGCCAUAGAGAUCAUUGACAAAAGUUACCUCGAACAUAAAUUUGCCUGUGAUAUGACCUUGGAGAUGCGGGUGAUGGGCUCCAGUGACUCCACUUUGGCACCGUAUCGCGGAAACAAGAACGGAACAGUUUGUAUUGAGCCUGUGUCAACCUCAGUGGUCCCCAAUGAUGUAUGGGAAGACUUUAAGGUGGAGAUGGCAAAUAAGUGGAGCUCGUAUGUGGAUGCGGAUGGAACUCCGCUCCGAAUGCGGCCUCAUUGGGCCAAAGAGAAUCCUAGAACAGUCUUUUUCGACGGCCAAGUUUAUACCGGGACCGAUUACCUUAAAAUGAUCUACACAGACGAGAUUCAAGAGUUCGCAACUCACUUGAACACCAUAUGCCAAGCGGGUGGUUAUUCGUUAUCGCAAGUGAAAUCACUUUUCAGUAACUAUUAUCUUGAUAAUGUAUUCGAAAAAAUGUGGGCCGAACAACAAUAAACAUAUUUUUUUUAAAUACUGAAGUAUGGAAGAUCCUCGUUUCUGAAAGUGCUUUGGUUCGCUCCCGCCCGACUGGCCAUGGGAUUUGGGGUGCGUGUCACAUCCGGUGAGAC